CUCCCUGCCUGAGCCCUCCCUCCGCCUCUCAUGUGUCUACGUUUUCAUCCCAUGGCCGUCUCUAGGUGAUUUAGCGCCGCCAGUCUCAAGCAGGUGUCCAACAUGGCGAUCACGGGGAGCGGAUCUCUCGCUAUUUCUCUCUCUGCUUUCGUGAUUUUAGCGGCGUUUCUUCUGAAAGGAGCUGCUGAAACCGUGACAGUCGAAGGUCAGAACCUGGCGACCGACAAUGUGUCGGUGAUCGAGGGGGAAACGGCUACCAUCAGCUGCAGAGUGAAGAACAACGACGACUCCGUCAUCCAGCUGCUCAAUCCCAACAGACAGACCAUCUACUUCAAAGAUGUUAGACCUCUGAAGGACAGCCGGUUCCAGCUGGUGAAUUUCUCUGACAACGAACUGCGGGUGUCUCUGUCCAAUGUGUCACUCUCCGAUGAGGGACGCUAUGUGUGCCAGCUCUACACAGAUCCUCCUCAGGAAGCCUACGCAGACAUCACUGUCCUGGUCCCGCCAGGCAACCCAAUCAUCGAGAGCCGUGACGAUGUGGUCAGCGAGGGGAACGAGACGGAGCUCACCUGCACAGCCAUGGGCAGCAAGCCAGCUGCCUCCAUCAGAUGGAUGAAAGGGGAGGAAGAACUGACAGGUGAGACUACAGUUGAAGAGAUGUACGACAGGAUGUUUACUGUCACCAGCCGAGUAAGAUUCUCUGUCACUAAAGAGGAUGAUGGAGUGCCAGUGGACUGCAUUAUUGACCACCCUGCUGUAAAGGACCUCCUGGCUCAAAGACACUUGGAAGUGCUAUAUAAACCAGAAGUCAAGAUUCUGGUGGCAUAUCCUGACGGUUUAACCAGAGAGGGUGACAAUCUAGAUUUGACAUGUAUCGCAGAAGGAAAACCACAUCCCCAUCAGAUCAACUGGCUGAGAGUAGAUGAGGAUGUGCCGCCUCACGCUGUGGUCACCGGCUCUGAUCUGUACAUCGAGAACCUCAACAAGUCCUACAACGGCACCUAUCGCUGCGUGGCAUCCAAUGCUGUGGGAGAGGCCUACGACGACUACAUCCUCUAUGUAUAUGAUGCUCCCACUACUAUCCCCACACCCACCACCAACCCCGUCAACACGCAAGACUCCAGAGCCAGCGAGGGGGCACCGCAGAAAAUUGACCACGCUGUCAUUGGAGGUGUGGUUGCCGUGGUGAUGUUUGCCAUCCUCUGUGCACUCAUUGUGCUUGGUCGAUACUUUGCCAGACACAAAGGAACUUACUUCACACACGAAGCCAAAGGGGCGGACGACGCAGCCGAUGCAGACACGGCCAUCAUCAAUGCGGAGGGCGGACACAACAACACAGACGAGAAGAAGGAGUACUAUAUCUAAACUGGACAGGCCAGGAGAGACGGGUGGGGAUGCUGAUGGAGGUGGUGCUGAAGGAGCAUUAUGUCUAACUCUGAUUGGUUACGAGAAGGCUUGGGGGCAGGGAGGGCGAGAUUUAAAGAGGAAGAGAAGAAAGUUGAAAGUAGGACUGGCAUGGCCAAGUGGUAGGAAGCGGUGUUGCUGAGUCUCCUAUCCGACCCUUUCUGGACUGCCGGGGGCCUAUUCUGUACAGUUCAAUUAUUUUACAGACAAUUUUGUGCCUUGUUCUAUUUCUUUUCUUGAUUUUGACGUUUUUCUCCCCCCUUCACAUGCUUGUUGGAUUUGAUUUUGUUUUUUUCUUCAAUGUACUCCACCUGAUCCUUUGUUGCAUUUGGCUUUCGGGGAUUACAUGGGCCUUGUGUUUGUCUAUGUGUGCUGCAGGUAGCUUUUAGCUCAUGUACCCAGAUCUGAGGAGCCAGCUCAUACACGCUUUCUCUUUUGUUGUUGUUGAGUAAUCUCCAGAGUUCAGUAACUGGAACACAGUGUCAACACAUUUCCCCCUGCUGGGUCAAAGUCCAACGGCCCCUUCAAAUUCAUCAUAGAUUGUUUCCGACAUAUUUUCAGCGCAGACUUCGCUCACCCCCCUUUCUUUUGAAUUGAAAUUGAAUUCUUUUUGAUUACUAAUGUAAACAGCUGUGAGUAAUCAUGCUCAUCAUAGAAUGUAUUUGUUCCUGAAAGUGAAGUAGGAGUGCUGUGAAGUACCAUUUCACAUCAAACUGAAAAAGUACAACGGUCCCUCGCUGGUUUCAACAAAACCUGACGAUUAGUAGAUGUGAGGUCAGUUUAGUAUUUCUUUAGGGGUAUUGUGGAGUCCAGUCCGACAUCCUAACAGCUGUCUUACAGUAUGUGCCGUGAUAUAGAGUUAAAGUUCUACAGAGAAAAUCUGAAUUAUUUUUUUUUCAAACUCUGUAUCAGGUUGUUUUUUUUCUGCCGAUUAAUAGGACAGCAGUAAAUACAGGAUAACAUUUACCGUCAUCUGCUUUCUUUUGUUUUUCGUUGUUGUCAUUCGCUAAACGGUUCUGAAAUACAAUCUUAAAAAAGGAAGAGUUCGACAUUUUAGGAAAUGUGAGCGAGGAGAAGAUCUUUUCCUCAAUCUUCUAAUUUAACUCUAGAGAAAGCAAAUAAGUGAAUUUCCCAAAAUGUCGAACUACUCCUUUAAAAAACAUCGCCUGCUUCCAGAGUCGUAGCUAUUUUUGUCAGAAUUAUUUUUCUUUUCAUCCUUUUCAUGGUUGGACCAAAAACAUGGCUGAAAAUGUCUAACAAGUACAGAGCCAAAAGACUAUCUGUUGGUAGACAUUAUGUGGGUUUUAGGGUCAGACUUUACUUUGAGCAAAUGGGACAUACCUAAAAGAGCAACUCUUCCUGCUGCAUUGAUCUUAAAAUCUUAAUAAAAUGUAUAAUUUGUUGGAUAUUGAUACAGCCUGCUGUGUGUGCUUUUGGUUUAAAACGUACAAAUUCUUUACAUUUUCAUACCACCCACACGGUCGACCCUGGACCAAAUAUAAUAACUAGUGAGUGUGUGCAUAGUAUAUACAGUGAAUAUUACUUGUACAGCAAAGGCUGAAAGUCCACUGUGCAGAGUGCUCCUCUUUAAAUAAUUGAUUUUUUCAUCUGAUAAUUCGUACAUUGACCAUUUAACUGGAAAUGUUUCCAGAGCCUUGGUUUAUUUUAUUUUUCAAGGUUUUAUAUUUUUAUUUGAUUGUUAAAGGGAAGACAUAUUGUAAUACUUUCAAUAGCAAAGUUUCUUUUCAGUGAUUAAUAAGUCGUCAAACUACAGUACGUACACGUGAAUACGGGUAGCAGGUGGUUUUCCUGGCCUUAGAAAUCCUUGCUACACAUACUUUCUCGCCCUUGCCCAUAAUCAAGUAUAAAAGACAUUCAAUCACUGCAAACAUGAAUUACUUAUACAGUAUUUCCUUGCUGUCUUGUAAAGACAUUUUACCUUUGGGCUGUCUUUGAUAACUUGUAAGGACUCUUGGCCUCACAAGUUAUCAAAGAUUUGCAUAGAGCUUUAGACUUGGUUUGGCAAAGAUAAUUUUCUUACUGUCAUCCUGCAGCCUCAAACCUUCACACAGCAGCCGUCUACUUUUCCAAAUAGUUUUUUUCCCCCCCUACUAUCACAAAUCAGAAGAUCCUGCGCCCGCAGACAGAGACGUAGUGUGCACACCAUGCAUGCUUUAUGCCUCUGAGUCACAGUUAGAAGAGUAAAAACCUGUUUGGUAAUUAGUGAGUGAUUUCAUUGCAUUGCCUGAAUAAGACAAAAAAAAUAUAUAUGUAAAUGUAAUAUGAAAAAAGGAUAACCACUGCCUUAAACCCACCUCUUGAUACUUAUUAUAUAGGAGAAGACUGAAGGACUUAAUUUAGUGCCUUCUUUGAUUUUGAGGCAUAUGGUUAGUAUCGUACAGUAUCCUCACGUACACUCUUACAGUCUAUAUUGUAUAUUUCUGUCCUUUCUAACUUACAGGGCCAACACUCAUCCAGGUUGUCUGUAUUCACGCACCAUAGACUUGCAUCAGGAUUACGACCUGGAGCGUAAAAAAAAAAAAAGAUGAAAUGAGUAAAAAAA